AUGGACUCGGGAUAUGCGUCCGACCUUGUAUGGUCAAGAUCGGACACGGCCGUUGAAGAAAACCCUUGUUUCAGUGGUCGAAAAUUAUGGUCGGAAAUUUUUGGUUUCAUCGCAUUUUCAGGAAGAGGUUUUGGAAAAGACGAGGGUUCUUCACGCGUUGAGUUCAUAUUGCCGACCAGCAGUGCAAGAAACACUGUGAGAUCACCAUCGCCCAGGGAGCAUUCACAAAGAGAUGAAGCAGAUAAACAGGCUGCCCGCAUGUUCUACUCAUCUGCCAUAUCCUUCAACUUCGCAAGGUGCCCUCACUUCAGAAAAUAUUCACUCACAUUAGCCAAUAGCAAGUUAUCUGGCUAUACACCUCCAACAUUCGACAGAUUACGAACAACAUUGCUGGCCCAAGAGAAGGCACAUAUUAAUCGAAAGCUCCAACCGAUAAAAGAUAGCUGGAAAAAGAAAGGCAUGUCCCUUUGUUCAGAUGGGUGGUCAGAUAGACAAAGGAGGCCACUAAUAAAUGUAAUGGCUGCAUCAGUAAGUGGUGCUAUGUUCUUGAAGGCAGUCGAUGCAAGUGGCAACAUAAAAGAUGUUGAGUAUAUAGCAAAUUUGUUUAUACUAGUGAUCAAAGAUGUGGGAGAACACAAUGUUGUUCAGAUCAUUACUGAUAAUGGGAGUAACUUUAAGGCUGCUGGGGGUAUAAUUGAGAGCACAUAUCCUCACAUCUUUUGGACUCCAUGUGUUGUGCAUUGCCUAAAUUUGGCACUAAGAAGCAUUUGUGAACCAUCUGAAACCUCACCUCAAUAUACUCAUUGUAAAUGGAUUAUUGAUUUGGUGAGUAGUGUUCAAAAUAUAAGAAAUUUCAUUGUUAACCAUGGCAUGGUACUCUCAAUUUUCAAUACUUACUCGGAAUUGGGUUUAUUAAGGGUAGCGGAAACAAGAUUUGCAUCAAGCAUAAUCAUGGCAAAACGUUUGAAAGAAGUGAAUGAUGCACUUGAGAAGAUGGUGAUGGAUCCAAUUUGGAGAAAGCUUCUAAAAGGAGAUGGAAAGUUAGCAAUUGAAAUCAAGGCUAGGGAAGUUAAAAAAUGCAUUGUGAGUGACAGUUGGUGGGAUGACUUGGAAUAUCUCUUGGAAUUUACUGAACCUAUUGUUGAUUUUUUGAGGUUAGCAGACACUGAUGCCCCUGUUCUCCAUUUGAUUUAUGAUAUGUGGGACACAAUGAUUGAGAAAGUUAAAUUCAGAAUAUUUGCUCAUGAUAAACAAGAUAUGCUGACUGGCCAAUCAAAUUUCUUUGAUGUCAUUCACAAUAUAUUGGAAACAAGAUGGAAUAAAAGUAACAAUCCACUGCAUUGUAUGGCUCAAUCAUUGGUUCCUAAAUACUACACUGAAGCUUGGAUUAGAGGUGGAAGUGAUGGAGUUCCACGGCUCUCACCACAUGAUGAUCAAGAGGUCUCUUUGAAUAGAAGUAAAUGUUUCAAACAAUUAUUUAGCAAUCAAGAUGAUCUUCGGAAAGUUUAUAUUGAAUAUGGAACUUUUUCAAGUGGAUCCGGUUACUUCAAUGAGCCUCAUGUUAUUGAUGCAAAAUUGUAUGAGGAACUAAUUUCAUGGUGGGCAAAUCAUGGUUCUUCGACACCAAUGUUACAAGCUUUAGCACUCAAACUUCUUUCACAGCCUGCAUCAUCAUCUUGUUGUGAAAGAAAUUGGAGUACAUAUUCUUUUAUUCAAAGCAUCAAAAUAAAUAGAUUGACUACAAGUAGAGCUGAGGAUUUGGUCUUUGUACAUUGCAACAUCCGUCUCAUGUCAAGAAAGAAGAACGAAUACAAAGAAGGGCCGACAAAGUAUUGGGACUUAUGUGGUGAUAAGUUUGAUAUUGUUGGUAAUACUCUUGGGGAACUUGCUGAACUUUCCAUCAAUGAGCCAGAGUUAGAGCUUAUAACAUUUGAUGAUGCAUUUGAAGAAGGGCAAGAGGCUGCCUUAGGGGCUGAAGUUGAACCACUUGAAGAAUUCCAACAAGGAAUGAUGGAUUGA